CGAGCCCUCGCCAUUUCCAAGCGCCCACUUUCAAAAUGGUAGCCGGAAGGAAGUUUGCGAUUAGGAAGAGCGUGAGGUUCUAAUUUAAGGAUUUUAGCACAAUUUCCGGCUUGGUUGCAAGAUGGCUGCGCCCAGUGGUGGAUUCCAACCUCGUGAGCGUCGCGAUGAGAACCAGGAUCAGGACUGGGAUGUUGUGGCUCCCAAGCGGCCCCGACUUGGGGCGGGAAGCAAGAUGGGAGGCCGUAGGCUCAUUGUGGUGCUGGAAGGGGCCAGUCUGGAGACAGUCAAGGCAGGGAAGACAUAUGAGCUCCUCAACUGUGACAAGCACAAGUCUUUGUUGUUGAAGAAUGGACGGGACCCCGGGGAAGUGAGACCAGACAUAGCUCACCAGAGUUUACUGAUGCUGAUGGACAGUCCCCUGAACCGAGCCGGCUUGCUGCAGGUUUAUAUCCAUACACAGAAGAAUGUGUUGAUUGAAGUGAACCCCCAGACUCGAAUUCCCAGAACCUUUGACCGAUUUUGUGGCCUCAUGGUUCAGCUUUUACACAAACUCAGUGUUCGAGCAGCUGAUGGCCCCCAGAAGCUCUUGAAGGUAAUUAAGAAUCCAGUGUCAGAUCACUUCCCAGUCGGAUGUAUGAAAAUUGGCACUUCUUUUUCCAUCCCAGUCGUCAGUGAUGUGCGAGAGUUGGUGCCCAGCAGCGACCCUAUUGUUUUUGUGGUGGGGGCCUUUGCCCACGGCAAGCUCAGUGUGGAAUAUACAGAGAAGAUGGUGUCCAUCAGCAACUACCCCCUUUCUGCUGCCCUCACCUGCGCAAAACUUACCACAGCCUUUGAAGAAGUAUGGAGGGUCAUUUGACAGUAGGACCUUGCUCUGAAACACAGAGACUGUUGACAUUGCAUUCCUUGACUCUUCUAACUCACCGUUGGAAGAUGACCUUCCUGCACCAAGACCGUGGGGUUAGUGGAAGCCGAGGUUGUACAUUUGCUAUUUGUUUAUCUUAUAAAUACUAUUCUUGCAAA